ACAACCUCAAAAACAGUUCUCUCGCCCAAACCAAACCCAACCACCACCACCACCACCACGACAUCGUAGGAAACGAACAGUGACUCCCAGCGAAUCCUCCUCUCCCCGUUCAACUUCCCCUCGCCGACGCGGGAGGGAGGAAAUGGCGGUCCAUCCUUCGACGUUCCAUCCGCUCCGCCUCCAUCGCUCCCUCGCUCCUCUGCCGCUCCGCGAUCGCGCCUCCCUCGGGCCGGACGGCCGCCGCCGCCGCCUCGAGGCUGCUCCGAGGAUCGUUCUCUCGCGGCGCUCCCGCGGGCAUUCCUCUGCUGCUUCCUCCUCGGAAGGCUUCGAACCUUCGCGCCGGAAGGAUCGUUCCGGCGCGCCGAUCGGAUCGCCUGCUCAUCGUUCUUCGGCUUCGGCCAUCGACUUCCUCACGCUGUGUCACCGGCUCAAGACCACCAAAAGGAAAGGGUGGAUCAAUCAAGGGAUCGAUGGUCCUGAGUCGAUUGCUGAUCAUAUGUACCGCAUGGCAUUGAUGGCUUUAAUUGCCGAUGAUCUUCCUGGACUGGAUAGGGAAAGGUGCAUCAAGAUAGCGAUUGUGCAUGAUAUUGCUGAAGCUAUUGUUGGAGAUAUAACACCAGCAGAUGGCGUGCCUAAAGAGGAAAAGAGUAGGAGAGAACAAGCAGCUUUAGAUGAAAUGUGUCAAGUUCUUGGUGGAGGGAUGAGGGCUGAAGAGAUCAAGGAACUUUGGGCUGAGUAUGAGAACAAUUCUUCUCUAGAGGCUAAUUUGGUCAAAGAUUUUGACAAAGUCGAGUUGAUUCUGCAAGCCCUGGAAUAUGAGAUCGGUAAUGCACCCACCUACUGUCUCUCCAUAACAUGGGAUGGUGCUGGAUGAGUUUUUCCUUUCAACAGCAGGUAAGUUUCAAACUGAAAUAGGAAAGAGCUGGGCAGCCGAGAUACUUUCUAGGAGGAAUUCAAGGCUAUCGAAUGGGCUGAACUAACUGCUUCAUUAAUGAAUCCCGUCCUAUUUAAUCAAGUCGGGGCCAACUUUCUGGAUUAAGAUUUCUUAUGGACAAUCAUCGCGAGUAGUUACGUCCUUCUUGCUACUCCCACAGCACUGGGAGAAUAAACUGAUAGCUUUUCUCCUAGAAGCAAAGUCCUGAAUUUGAUCCACUAACACCAAACAGCGGGAGUGUUAACUCAAGAAAUUCACCAUUACAGCUACAGGUACUGAAUUCCUGAAGUGGUUGUUUGAACCGUAGGAAAAGAAACCGUUCUCAUGUUUCUUUCUCUUUUGUGUUCUCACAAGUUAGUUUGUGUGAGAAAUGGAUAUAGGAAAUGAAAAUAGAAUAGAGAGAUAUGAAGGUUUCCUUUGAUGUUGAGCUUUUCAACCCGAUAAGCAGCCUUAUGAAUGUUGCUGACUUGGUGCUCAACCUGCCUUAGCAAUGGAAAACAGACUUCAUCAAUAGUAUUCUUUUUCUUGGA